AUGUUCGCUUCGACGUCACAAAGAAAUGAUGAUGGUUUGCGGGCAUCUUACAAUAUCUCGUUACUUAUAGCAAAAUCCGGAAAACCGCAUACUAUCGGAGAGAAGUUAAUUUUGCCAGAGGUUUUAAAAACUGUUUUACACAAACUUGCAUCUGAUAUCAUUAAAAGAAUUCCCUCAAGCAACAAUACUGUUGAAAGACGUAUUGAUGAAAUGAGUUCUGAUAUUGAAAGCUUCUUAUGUAAUUAUUUGCAAACGACCCAUUUCUCUAUACAACUGGACGAGUCAACUUUACCUGAUAAUGCAGCAUUAUUAUUGGCAUAUGUUCGUUUUAUUAUGAAUCAAGAAAUCUACGAAGAACUGCUCUUCGCAAGAACUUUGAUAACCGACACUAAAGGUGAAUCAAUAUUUCACGUUUUGAAGGAUUACUUCAUUGAAAAAGCAAUUCCUUUAUCAAAUAUAAUAUCAGUAGCUACAGAUGGAGCACCUGCCAUGACAAGCUGCCAGGAAGACGACGUUUCAACUUACGUUCAACAUUUAAAUGCCCUCUAUUUAGAUUUUGAAUCUAGGUUUGAGGAUAUUUUGACUAUGGUAAUACCACCGUGGAUAAUUAAUCCAUAUGGUGACAUAGAAGAAACGAAUGUCAUAAUACAAGAGGAACUGACUGAACUAAGUACAAACGAAGAACUUAAGGUUCAGUUUAAAAACGGAUAUCAGCAAUUCUAG